AUGCCACACCAAUCUGAUACAGCUUCUCAUUGCGUUGUACAAUGGGAAGAUAACAAAGAUCAAUAUGCUAUAGUUGAUACGAAACGAUCGAAAACUGUAUCAACAUUAAAAAUUGGCAUAACAACUUUGUUUGAAGGUUAUAAUCGUGAACGACGACGUGGAAAGAUUUUAUAUCUGGGUACGAAAAAAGAUUGCUUAGCAUAUGGAUUUGAUAUUGUAGAAGACGAUACACAGUUAAAUACCUACACCUGGAGUAAUCCUCCAGGGCUUCGAGAACAAUCUGAUGAUAUUGCUCAAGCUAUUCGUAAUGGAAGUUUAUCGUCAUUUCAAAGAACAAUAUCGUCCUCAUCAACAAACUCAACUGCAUUGCCAACAAAACGAAAAGGAAAAGCAAUGAAUAGCAAAGAUUCACAUAAUAACGAUGAAUCAACAACAUCUGGCGAUAAAUUAAUUCCACAACCUCUUUCACCUGAAAUAAUUAAUGAUACCACUGGAAAUGCUGAUCAGGAUCAGUCAUCAAACUCAAAUAAUUAA